UAAUUCUUUAAUUUCAAAUUCAUUGAAUUUUUCGAAAAUAGUUCAUUCCUAGAACAGUAAAGAAAUGAUAAAGAUUUAUAAAUAACAAUUCUGGAUUAAAAAAAAAUACAGAAGUUCAAGUUCAGAAAGCGAUUCAUUAUCAGCAAGUAAAAUGAAGAACAAACUUUUGACGAAAAUUUUAGCAAGAAGAAGGUAUCAAAUGCAAUAUAUUGCUUGCAUUAGUGGUUCUUUGGCAACCGCCGCAUGUUUAGUGAACACUUCUUGGACUUCAACGGCAGUACCAUAUUUAAAAAGCAAUGAAUCAAAAAUUCCCCUGACAAAUACACAAGGAGCAUGGAUAGUAUCAAUUUAUAAUAUUGGCGAUAUAAUUGGAACGCCAUUGACAAUUUUAUUUGUCGAUCGAAUUGGAAGAAAGUACACAUUACUUCUAUAUGGCAUACCAGCAAUUAUAUCAUGGCUAAUAAUAAUUUUUGCAAAUACUUAUAUUCAUCUCUAUAUUGCACGAUUAAUUGCUGGUAUUGGUCAUGGAUUUGUUUUCAGUACAACGGUAAUUUAUCUUGCUGAAAUUUCGGAAAAAAAUUCGAGAAUAACACUUUUUACAAUAAUGCGCGUUACAGCGAGUACUGUUGGAUUAAUAGCAACAACAGUUGGAGCAUUUUUGUCCUAUGAAAUUUUGAAUAUUACUUGUUUAGUAAUACCAAUUUGUUUCCUCAUUUUUUUCUCUUUUAUGCCCGAAAGUCCCUAUUAUCUUUUACUAAAGGGUUAUGAAGAGGAGGCAAUAAAAUGUUUAAUAAAAUUACGAGGUAAAAUGGAACAAACUUUGACGCAUGAAAUUUUAGAACACGACAUUGCUGAAAUGAAAUUGAAUAUUGAUGAGAGUGUUAAGAUAAAUGCAUUUUGGGAAUUAUUGUCUGAUAGGAAUAAUCGUAAAGCAAUGUUAGUAGUUUUGUUUAUGAAAAUUACACAAUUUAUGUCGGGAAAUUUAGUUAUUCUUGGAUAUACUGUGGAAAUAUUUCAAUACAGCGGUGCAACUGUAAAACCAAAUAUAGCAGCUCUUAUAUUAGCUGGUAUUCGAUUAAUUUCAUCCAUGACUGCUGGAGUAGUGUUAAAUUUUAUAGAUAUAAAAAUUAAUUUUCUUUUCUCUGGAUUAUUUGGCGCAUUUUGUUUAUUUAUAUUGGGUAUGUAUUUUUAUUUGAAAGAUUUGGGUGAAGAUGUUUCUCCAAUAUCGUGGCUACCAUUGACGGCGCUUAUUAUUUUUGAAAUAAUCACAAAUUUGGGCAUUACCAUUAUACCAUUUAUUAUUCAAGGAGAAUUGUUUCCUAUGAAAGUUAAAGGUAUUGCUGGUGUUUAUGGCACAAUUCUUGGUUCAAUAUGCACAUUUGCAAGUACAACGGGAUAUAGUGCAUUGAAUGAUGCUGUUGGUUUUCAUGCAUCUUUUUGGUUAUUUGGAUUUGCCAGUUUAUUUGGAUCUGUUAUUACAUAUUUUAUUACGCCUGAAACAACAAGAAAAACUUUGGAGGAGAUUCAAGCAAUGCAUAAUCCUGAGAUAAAGAAGAAAUUGGAAUUGGUGCGUUUAAGAAGAUUAGAUUCCAACAUCAGUUCAAUACAGAAUUGAAAAAGAAAUUUAAUUUUUGAUUGUAGAAACCAAAGAUUUAUAUUAUAGAAUUUAUAGUUUGAAGAGGUACUUUAGAAUAGUAAUACUUGUACAAAGUUUAUUUAAGUUAUGAUUAUAUAACAACCUUUCAUUCAAGUCGAAUUACUGACAUGAAGACUGAAUUAGUCAAUGAUAGUUACUGCAAAAGAUAAGAUCGAGCCGAUCUCAUAAUUGUAUUUAAAUUUUUCAAUAAAAGGUUUAUUUUUAUCUAAGGUGAUAGUGUGGCCCUACUAUGUAAAUUAGUCAUAUUUAUUAUCGAUCAGAUGUUAAUCAGUUUUUAUAAAUUUCGGAAAAUUUAUAUACACUUUUAUAAAAUUUAUAAAAAUAUUAUAAGAUCAAGUAGAAAUUUUCAAUUCAUUAUUUAAAAAACGCGUAAAGGACAUAAAAUUGUAGAAUAAUACCACACGUAUAAUUUGUUAAUACAAAAAAAAAUCAAUGAAGAAUUAUUUCAUUUUUAACUUUAAGAUAUGGUGCUUAAGAUUGAAGAAAUAUUUCGAAUUUAAUCGAAUAUAAUCACGUGUAUAUUUAUCAAUAUUUAUCUAUGUAUAUAAAAAAUACUCUGG